AUGAAGGGCUUUCAGAAGGGUUGGGAAGUUGUCAAGGGCCGCAAGGCCAGCAUCUCUCACCCACUUGCAGUGGGUAAGAAGAAGAUUGCCAACGGCGUAAAAAACGCCGCUAAGAAAGUGCGCCGUCGCAUUUCGACCUGGCGCAAGGGCAAGAAGGAGACCUGGGGGUUCAACCAGGUCUACCCCCACGAGCCGCCUCAGCGGCCUCGUUCAAGUUCGUCCCUGUCCGGAGUGACGACCGGUGGAGAGGAGGAGGAUGAGGAGGACGGCAACGAUGAGUUGAGCGAGCGCUUCAUGGGCCGCACCAGCCCUGACAACUGGGCGCAUGACAUCGCCGGGCUUCCCGUUCUAGUCGGCCAAGACCCUGCACAGGUUGCUGUCGAGUCCUCGCAAGACAAUGCCGAUAGUCGCACUGUGGCAAGGGUCCCUACUUCAAGCCGCCAUGCCGUCCGCUCCCUGCGCGAGCCAACUCAGCAGGUGGUCUACCUUCCGCCUCAGAGGCGCCCGCCAUCGCCCUCGACGGUUGAUAUACAUUUGCCGCCGAACGAGGAAGCCAGCACGCUGGCGAGCAGUUUACCUGCCCUUUAG